AUGGCCAAGGCAAGAAAAAGGUACAAGUUUGUGAUUGUGUACAGCGCGAUGGUGUACGGAUACCUCCAGUUGAAGAUCCCGUGCUGCAGGAUUUUGAUCGGGCACAGCAAGAUGAUGGCCGGGCAUUGCAAGAUGUGGUAUUGCAAUCUGGUGAUCGUGUGUUGCAAGAUGUUGGCCGAGUAUUUCCAGACGAUCGUGUGUUGUUUGAUGGCGUUAAUGUGUUACGAUGAGAUCGGGUAUUACAUGAUGUUGUACUGCACGAUGGUGAGAGUGUGCUGCGGCUUGACGGUGUACGUGUCUCCGGAUCGAUUCCACAUGCUGGGUGUUGGCUACGGCCGCCUCCGCAACUGCCUGCGCGUGGCCAUCGACGCGAACCCAUUCGACAACGCCUUCGGCUUCAGCGAGAGCUCGGGGCCGGGGUUGAUAGGUCGGCACGUGUCGUUCAUAGUUCGGUUCAUCGACCUGUUUACCCCGUUCGUGUGGGAGUUCCUCGAGUCCUCGGGCGGCCGGUUCCAGCCCCUGCGGCUGCUUGGCCGGGGAGCCUUCGGCGAGGUCUGGGAGGCGCAGGAGCUCGCGGGCGGGGGCGCGGGCGGCGGCCCCGCGCCGGAGGCCCCGGCCCCCGUGGUGGCGCUGAAGUGCUCGAGGCCGCAGGGCCAGGACGGGCUGGAGGCCUGCCUCCUCGAGGCCGAGGUGCUGCAGCAGCUGGGCGAGGCGCUGGCGCCCGCGGGCGGCGCCGGCGACGCGCCCUCUGCAGGCCGCGUGCCGCGGUACGUGGCGCACGGGCGGGUGCACGGCGCCGGGCACGGGCAGGUGCUGAUCGCCAUGUCGAAGCUGGAGGGCUGCCCGCUGGACCAGUGGCUGUACGGGGUCGACGAGAGCUGCCUGAAGGCCCUGCCGGUGGCCACCCUCCUGGACGGCCCGCUGCCCCUGGGGAGGGCGGCGACCCGGGACCUGCGCUCCGCCAGCGCCACGGCGGAGGCCCUGCUGCGGCAGGCCGUGCCCGUGUUCGCCCGCUUGGCGCCCAUCGCCUUCCACCGGGACGUGUCGGGCCACAACUUCCUCGUGCACGAGGGCGCCGGCGUCGCCGGCAGGGAGCAGUUCGCGAUCCUGGACUUCGGGCUGGCGGUCCGGUCGCCUGGCUGGCAGCAGGAGUGGCGGCGGAGGAACAUCGCUGGAGACCCCCGGUACUUCACGCCGGCCGCCUGGAUGCUCCUCACCCACGGCCACAGGCACCUGGACGGGCAGCCGGACCGCGACUUCGCCGGGCAGUACGAGCACAGGAUAGACCACUUCUCGCUCGGGGUCCUCCUGUGCGAGGUGCUCUUCGCGCUGUGGCGCGGCCCGGCGGCGGAGGCGUCCCUCGGCGAGGAGCGGUCGCAGGCGCUGGCGGCGGCGAGGGCGGCGUGGCGGGCCUACUGGUCGCGCGUGGUGGGCUUCUUCCAGAAGUUCCACGCCGAGGGCGCCCUCGCGCUCCGCGAGGCCAUUUCGCGCACGGGGGCCCUCGGGCAGCUUGUGCACGAGCUCGGGGCGCUGUGCGCCGCCCUGCGUGCCGCCGAGCGCUGCGCGGCGGAGGGUGGCGCCGAGCGCAGGGUGCUCCAGGCCGCCGCGGGGCUGCUGGACUGGCACGGCUCGCUCUCCUGGGAAGGCCUGGCCGCCCUCCUGCGCCCCUGCGAG